UGGUUAAUAUUAUGCUAUUAAAGGUCAGGAUGUCACCUAUGGAUGACAAAUAAUACACAUUAUUUAUGUAACACUCAGAUUUUAGCUUCUAAUUAAUGUGUUAGAUUCCAUACUCUCCUACUGAAAAUGUAUAGUGAACCAGAUGUAUAGUAAUCAGAACAUGUAGCAUUUGUUUUAGAUGUAGUUCUGUAGUGCGUAUUGGUUUUCUUCAUAUAUAAACAGUUGUGCCUAUGUAUCAGUUUCCAGAAAGCUGUACUACGAUUGUGCAGACUAAUCUCUGGUUUCCUAUGUCAAAAAGGACCUUAAACUGUGUAACAUUCUCAAAACCGUAGGAGUAAUUGGGAUUAUUUCCAAACAGACUUUGCCAAAUAUGUGCGUUCUGUCAAGGCAGCCCACAGAGGCGCUGGUCUUAGUCUGAGGAAAUGGAAGCAUGAUGGAAUUCCAGCAGCUGUGAGUGGUUUGUUUCAUGGAGAGGGGUUUUUAAAAAGCCGAACACCAGUUCUGACCCUCCUGCUAAUAGAUAUUCUUAAUGAAUGGGUUGCUGGGGGGCGAGAACAGCAACUGUGUUGUGGGGCAGCGCUCUGUGGAGUGAGGAGGCACAGUGCGAGGCUGCCAGGCACCAUUGGACUCCACCCAGGGAAAAAGUUUGAUAUGCAUUAUACUCACAAGCGCCUUGGAUAAGUAAAGAUUUGCAGAAAAGCUGUACACUGAAUUCUUGUAUCACAUGAUCCCGUUGCUGUUGCAUUCCUGGGCACCAACUGUGGUGUCCCAGGUGAAUCAACACACUCCUGCCAGUAAUGAAACAUAUCAAGAACGCCUGACAAGAUUAGAAGGUGAUAAAGAGUCUCUCAUAUUGCAGGUGAGUGUCCUCACAGACCAGGUGGAGGCCCAAGGAGAAAAAAUCAGAGAUCUAGAAGUUUGUCUUGAGGGGCACCAACUGAAGCUUAAUGCUACUGAAGAAAUGCUUCAACAGGAGCUGCUAAGUCGGACACUGCUGGAAACUCAGAAACUGGAUCUAAUGGCAGAAGUUUCAAACCUAAAAAUUAAGCUGGUUGGAAUGGAGAAGGAACAAAGCGAGUAUGAGGAGAAGCAGAAUAAAGCUGAGUCGGUAGUGAACCUGAUCAGUGACCUGCAAGAACAGAUGUGUAGACUACAGCUGGAGAUUAAUAGUAAAAUCCAGGAAAGAAAGACGCACAGUAGGAAGCCAAAUAUGGCAGCAGUUGGUUCUCAAGAUAGCACUGAAUUGGUGAUAGAGAUCCCUACCGAGAAGAAUUGUUCUCAGUGUGAUAAUUUGUUACAGGAAUUGAAGCACCUCAAGAUUAAGGUUGAAGAGCUGGAAAAUGAAAGGACACAGUAUGAAUGGAAAUUGAAAGCAACUAAGGCUGAGAUAGCACAGCUUCAGGAGCAACUAGCUCUUAAAGACUCAGAAAUCGAAAGGUUACAGAGUCAAAUCUUGAGGACAGCAACAAGUAACGAAAUUGCAGAAAGAGAGGAAGUUUAUAGGCGAAGGCUAAAAGAAAAACAUCAAGAAGUACAACAUUUGAAAGUAGGAAUGGAAUCGUUAUUAGCUGCAAAUGAAGAAAAGGACCGUCGGAUAGAAGAGUUAACUGUUUUGUUAAGUCAAUACCGAAGGGUGAAAGAGAUCAUGAUAGCAGUUCAAGGUACAUCAGAAAGAGUUUUAUCUGGAAGCUGUGAAGAUGAUUUCGAAGCAACUUUACGAAAAUGGAACCCUAUGAAUAAACCAGAGGUACCUCAAGGGGAAUUGAGCCAACCCAUGUUGCCCCUGCUGCCACAGAAAGGACUGGAAAACAGUGGAAGCUCUCCAGUUCCUUCAAAUAACCUCUUUUCAAUAAAUGGGGAAAGCCUGGAGCUCCGAAAUAGGGUACCACAGAAAAAAAUCUCAAGUAGUCUAGAAGACUUGCAAACCGAAUCCCUGGAAAAGCAUGUAGAUGGGAAACCAGUAGAACGUGAUAUAGCACAAGAGAAUAAGUCCUUUGUGAAAAGCAGUAAGUACCAAACCUUGCCUGGGAAGCUUCUUCGGCCAACACACAAUGGUGAUAAUGGGAUAUACAAUACACCUGCUUCUCCGCAUAUGUGUCGUGUUAAUGGCAGUGAGGACAACGGCAUACAAAGCCUGAAUCGCAUCAGGAGUGUCAGUGCACCAAUAUUAGGAGACUCUGGCAAUAUGGACAGUGCCGUUCCUUCAGAGGACCUUUCACCCUUGUCGUCUGGAACUGAAUCGGGUGCACAGUCUCCAUUAUCUCCAGAAAGUAAAAGAAGUCCAAAAGGCAUCAAGAAAAUAUGGGGAAAAAUACGCAGGACUCAGUCCGGGAAUUUCCCUGGAGAUGAUCUGGGCUUGGCUGAAUUUCGAAGAGGCGGCCUCCGAGCUACAGCUGGACCUAGGCUGUCUCGGUCAAAGGAUACCAAGGGGCAAAAGAAUGAUCAUAAUGCCCCGUUUGCCCAGUGGAGCACUGAACGAGUUUGUAACUGGCUGGAGGAUUUUGGUCUUGGUCAGUAUGUCAUUUUUGCACGACAGUGGAUAACAUCUGGCCACACACUUUUAACAGCAACACCACAGGAUAUGGAAAAGGAAUUAGGAAUAAAGCAGCCUUUGCACAGGAAGAAAUUGGUUUUAGCAGUUAAAGCUAUAAAUGCGAAACAAGAUGAUAAGUCUGCACAGUUAGAUCAUAUCUGGGUGACUCGGUGGCUGGAUGACAUUGGCUUACCUCAGUACAAAGACCAGUUUCAUGAAUCCAGAGUUGAUGGCAGGAUGCUGCAAUAUCUAACUGUGAAUGACCUCCUCUUCCUCAAAGUCACAAGUCAGCUGCAUCAUCUCAGUAUUAAGUGUGCCAUUCAUGUGCUGCAUGUGAACAAUUUCAACCCUCACUGCCUACGCAGAAGGCCAGCAGACGAGAAUAACAUUUCACCCUCUGAAGUGGUUCAGUGGUCUAAUCACAGGGUGAUGGAAUGGCUCAGAUCAGUAGAUCUGGCAGAAUAUGCACCAAACCUUCGAGGAAGCGGAGUUCAUGGAGGCCUCAUUAUCCUCGAGCCUCGCUUUAAUGGGGACACUCUCGCAAUGCUUCUCAACAUUCCACCUCAAAAGACACUGCUGAGACGCCACUUAACCACUAACUUCAAUGUGCUCAUUGGACCAGAGGCACAGCAAGAGAAGAGGGAAAUGAUGGAAUCUACAGCUUACACAGCACUGACUACCACUGCGAAAGUCCGGCCAAAGAAACUUGGAUUUUCUCAUUUUGGAAACUUGCGAAAAAAGAAAUUUGAUGAAUCAACAGAUUACAUUUGUCCUAUGGAUACAAGUCCGAGUACAACGAAUGGCACUCAGAAGAGUUGCGGCACAUACAAAGCGCAUAACGUGCUCCCCGACAAAGAGUUAGACAAACUGGAUCAGAUGGAGCAUUCAGAAGGAACAGUAUUGCAAAUAGGGGAACUCUCCCAAGGAAUAAGCAACCUCACGACUUUGUUAAGCCAAGAUCAGAUGUUGAAUGAUGACAGAUUUUUAACACCAACGUUUGACGAGUGGAGAUGAAGACUCCAUGUGACCAAUGCCAAUAAGAGUUUUGUUAGCAGAAAUGACUGGUGCAGGCUGGGUGCUAUAUUUAAACAAUUGUCAGUGUCCUUGCCACUGAAAUACAUAAUAUUUUAAGUGUUUUAAGACUCUUUGAACAAGAGAUACACCCUGCAGACUAGGUAUUUAAAACACGCAUUCAGAGAACCUAUGCAACCUUUUUAGAAAUGGGAAAUUGAAGGUGUGUAAAUAUAUUUUUAAAACAGUAUGAGCUGCCUGCUAGUGAGUGGUCCAUUUUUUAUAUUUUGUACCUUUAAGAUUUGCUUAUGGUGAAUCACUGGAACCAUUUCUAAGGUGUCCCUGCCUCAGAAUGGCUAGUGUAACUGAGGUGAGUGUAACAUUUACGUUCCAGUGCAACUACCAAUAUGGAAGAAACUACCCUCUAGUAUUACAAAUGCAGCUUCAAUCAAGUAAUUAGCACAAGAGCCAUCUUUUGGACACUAGAAAUUGCCAAUAUUUGAAAAGUUCAUUCCUGCUGUCUAGGCAAUCUCCUUCCUUCAGUCUACCUUGCAGUCAACUGAACUGUGGUCUGUAGUAAGUAUUCUUAACUUUUAUUUACACAACAAAGCCAAACCCCCAUAAUGCUGGAGUUAUUUCUUCGAUAUUUAAAUCCUUCUGUACCAGGUAUGAGCUAAAGGAGAACAUGCUUUGCUCAAGGAUUUAAGUGUGCCACAUCAGCACACAUAAUGAAUGUUUGUCUUAAAAUACAUUAGAACGACACAUACAGCUUUCUUGCAGUUCAAUUGUUGAGACCUGAUUUGUAAGGAAAUUAUCGUUAAUAAGCUUCCAGGUAUGUUGUUGUUGUUGUUUUAUCUUGGUCAGCUGGAAGCAAAACUUUCUUCAGAUGUUGUCUAGGGAGUUUAAGAUUAAGGGACCAAGUGGAAUCCCACCAGGCCCAGAUUUAUUUUCUGUCUUUCCUUCUGAUUUUCACUGCCUAUUAUAAUAUAGAAAUUUCAUUAAGAGUUCUCUAACUACCACAAUUGAAUUUAGCAGGAAUGGGGGUCUGUAUGUUACAAAACUCACGUGAAAAUGUCAUUAUGAUAGAGAAAACAGUACAACUUACUGACCUCUUGAAAUGCUGAUGAUACCUUUGGCACAAGAAGCAGGCUUUCACAACUUCAAAUCCCACAAGCCAUAACUUUGCCUUACUAAUAUAUUCCAGAAGUUUCUCUUUCUGUACCAAAGUUAAUUUUGAAAAGGCCAUGACUUCUGGUCCUCUAAAAUCUCCCUAGUUCUCUUUUGGUGUGAAAUGCCUAAGUUUACACCUGGAUCAGGAGGAGUUAGAUUAACUUCCACAGUAUCUACUAAUAUGGAAAUUUCCUAGUUUAACAAAUUGUAUCUUCCACUUCUCUGUAAUGCUAGUGUUCUGCAGAUAUGACUCGUAUAUUGCACACAGUUGUUUUAGCUUCCUUUUUCCAGUGAGAAUUCCUAGAGUAACCUUUCAACUCUGGCCUGCUCCAAAAGUGAUUUCAAUGGUAAACAGCAGCAACUUUGAACUUUUUUGUUUGUUUUUUCGGCAAUCCUGGCUGUUUUGUCCUAACGACCUCCAAGCCUCAUUUAUCAUUGCUUUAUGAACCCCUAAAGAUCAUUAGACAAGAGUGCCAUCUGCUGGUAACAUGACGUUUUGUUCACAAGAGACAUUCCACACUGUUCCCAUUCUAAUAAUAAUGCAACCGUGACUCUUUUCUUCCUGAAGACUCUGAGCAACAUUCAGCUAGAAGACAUUAAUUGAAACAUGCUAUGAGAAUAAAGGCCAGGCUGCCAACCAACCGGUGAAAGUCACGUAAUAGGCACUGGAUACUUAUCCAAGAGGAAUUCCUGAACAUCUCCUGCAGCUCUGCUCAACAUUCUACCAAAAGAUGUGAAUUUCAGACUAUUGGAGUUUUUGAACAUAUUCCACUUGUUUUAUACUUCUAGAUUCAGAAGACUCUUCCUACAGAAAUAUGUCAAACUCUGGUGUACAUAUUUUUUAAUACCUAAGCAUGCAUCCCAAUGUUUCCACAUUGUCUUAGCUGAACCACAGGUGGGAAAGUAGGCAGUCAGCUAAAAAGUGGACUGCUGUUGAACAGAGGGUUUCAAGCACAACAAUCAAGUGUGAGCAUCAAUUGUUUGUCAUGAAUUGUUUCCCUGCUUUAGUAUGAAUCUUUUGAAUCUGAAUAAGUUAAGAUGUGCAUGAAAAAUAUGGCUCAAUUAUAUGUAUUUAUUUCCUA